GUGUCGUAAAGUCGAUAGCUUCGUCACUGGGGAUGGUCGAUACGCGGCCACGCGUUGUUGCUGUCGGAUCGAGAAAUUGAAGUUCGAUAUCUAUAAAAUAAUUCGACAGAAGUUGAUUUGAUAUAUAUCGGAAUGUUCGCGGUAAAUUCGUAAUCACACGAAUGGUCGUGGAAUUUGCAAAAGUGGAAUCAUUAAGUGAGUUUGCUUGUGAAUGCGUCUGAUUUAGGCAGGGAAUGCCGUCCAUGUUGAAGAGAAAUUAACAAGCUGAGGUACUGCGAAUAGAAUAACUUCAAGUUUUUUGAGUUGCUGUACAAGUUUAUUGUAUUCUGACAUAUUCAAAUAUUGAGAAUCAAAUAUGGAUGGCAAGCAACUGAUGGCGACAAGUAGUGGAAAAUUAACGACUGUCGACGAUACCAAAAACGACAUGCAAAUGACAUUGGCAAAAAUGAUGGAGGAGAAGCAUACAUAUACGUAUAAGAAGCUUGUUGUACCCAUGUCUAUGCGGAGUAUAUAUUGGAAAUUCUUUGGCUUCCCCGCUACGGAUGAGGGUGAUAUUCUUACUAAAGUUAAGAUUGUCUGUAUAUUAUGCAAAACUCAAAUUGCUUAUAAUCGAAACACAAGCAACUUACGAAUGCAUCUACAGAAUAAACAUGCCCAAGAAUUAUUAGAGCUAGAGAUGGCUACACCUCCCAAAAAGCAAGUUCUUUCUCAGGAAACUAAAGAUCGAAGAGCUCAAAAACGUUUGAUGAAAGCAGGUUUUGGUACAGCGCAGCAUAUUUAUGCAACAAAUGCUGAUGGCACUGUACAAAUAGAUGGUGAUAUACAGUUUGUAACAGAUCCUAAUGUUAGUUUAUCUGGUAUUGAGGAUGAUAUAACUAUUGGUCAGCCAUUACGUGUUAUGAUAAAAGGUGGUACUACCGUGGGGACCAAUAGCCAGAAUGUAGCAUUUCUUAUGCCUGAAGAAAGUUCUUCGCAAAGAUCGAGCAUUGAUGGAAAAUCUGUUUCUGAUGCGAUUGCAGAGUUUAUUAUAAUGGAUCUUCAAUUACCUGAAGUCGUGGAAGGGCAAGGAUUUCAAAGACUCAUAGCAACCUUACAUUCACCUUGUGAAAUUCCUAGCAAAAAUAAAUUGGAGGAGGAGAUUAUACCAAAAGUCUAUGACACAUUUAGAGAAACUGUUGCAGCAAGUCUAUCCUGUAUUAAUAACGAAGUUGGUCUAGCUAUGGAAGAAUGGAAAUCAAAAUCAGAUGAAUGCUUUGUGACUAUUUCAGUUUUUUAUCAAAAUGUAGGAGAAGCAUCACUAAAAUCAAAGAUCCUGAGCACAUUACAUGCUCCUUUGGAUUGGGGAGAGACACAGUGGGGAAAUGCUAUUGACUCUUUAUUACUUGAUUGGGAUCUUAGAGUAGAACGUAUAACAGCAGUUGUUAUUGGAACCAUGAGAUCUGAACUGUUAGCAGCUUUGACCAGUCGUGGUCUUGCAUUGGUGCCGUGUCUUCUUCACACUCUACAAAUCUGUGCACAAGCAUGUUUUGAAAAUCCAGAAGUUGCAAAUAUUUUGUCAAAAUGUAGAGCUGCUAUUGGAGCAAUUGCAAGUCAUCCAGCUGCAUCUGCUGCUUUACUCAUGCAAGAGCAGAUACUUGAGCUUGAGGAGAGUGCGUUAUUGAUGGAUUAUCCAGCAGUGUGGACAUCUACAUACACCAUGCUGGAACAAAUUGUAUUACGUAGAAAUAUUAUUACUUCCAUUUUGGAAAGCAUGGAAGGCAUUGAUCAAGAUGUCAUCGACCUAACUGGAGAGCAAUGGAAAAUCAUAGAAGAUCUUGUAACAGUUCUGGAGCCUUUUAAAGUAACAAUCAUGACCCUUAGUGAGGAAAAGAUGCCCCUAAUAUCAUUAUUAAAACCAUUACUAUGGCAGCUAGUCUCCUCUCACCUAAGAUGUAAGGAUUCUGAUAGCAGCAUUGCUAGAGCAUUUAAAGAGUCUCUAUCCGACAUGCUUUGCGAUCGUUACGCUGACGCUAACGUUAGUCUUCUUCUCCAAAUUGCAACAACAUUAGACCCCAGAUUCAAACAACUACCUUAUGCCACAGAAGAAGAUAAGAAUAUGGUAGCAGCACCGAUAAAAGAAAUGCUAACGAAACUAAUAGAAGAAGAAGGUGCUGACAAUGAUGAAAUUAAAAUUGAGGAAGGACCUCCCAGUAAAAAAAGCCGAAUGUCUGGAAUGGAGCUGUUAUUGGGAAGUCUUUGUUCGACAAAAACUGGAAUGCCAGCUGAAGAAAAGGCGGAUCUUGAACUUGUACAGUAUCAGUCAGAGCCAACUGCACCCUUAGACAAUUGUCCUUUGCAGUGGUGGGCAAGGACUUCGGCGAAAUGUCCGAAUCUUGGAAGAUUAGCUCGAAGGUACAAUUGCGUCCCUGCAUGUUGUGCACCACCUAGUCGUAUUCCUGCAGAUGCUCAAGUUCUUUACGAUGGAAGACGUUCAGCUUUACCACCCCAUUUGGCAGACAAACUGUUAUUCCUUCACGGUAAUCAUACAAUGUAAAGAGAAUUAAGUUGCUUUGAAUAAUAUUUGAAAAAGCAACGCUUCUCUAAUGUUCUUUUACUCAUAGUUAUAUGCUUCUAUGUCUCAAUUGUAAUUUAUAAACGUAAUCCAGCAUACGUUAAAAGAACAUUAGGUUGAAUCGUGCAAUUUUCUCAAUGUGCAAAUCAUAUUUUACAUAACUGUACAUUUGAUAAGCAUUGUUAUAAUUAAAUCAAAAUGUCUUUAGCUACAAUGUAGCAGUGAACUAUUUUAAUGCUCGCCAUGCGACAUAUUUAUGUAUAUAACUGUAAUUGUACGAUACUAUGUAUAUGUAUAUAUCAUUAAGUGUAUAUAUUUUUACAAAUU